UUAUGAGGGUACCCACACCAUCCCUGCGCUGAGUUCCUGGGUCUGUACAACCCGUUGUGCCCAUUAUGAGGGGUUCCCACCAUCCCUGUGCUAAGUUCCCAGCUCUGUAUGCCUGCUGUGCCCAUUAUGAGGGGUUCCCACCAUCCCUGUGCUAAUUCCCGGGUCUGUACCCCCGCUGUGCCCAUUAUGAGGGGUACCCACCAUCCCUGCGCUGAGUUCCCGGGUCUGUACACCCGUUGUGCCCAUUAUGAGGGGUUCCCACCAUCCCUGUGCUGAGUUCCCAGCUCUGUAUGCCUGCUGUGCCCAU